GCUAUUCGAGAUUUAAGUGGCAUGCGCUAAUGCUGGUAUUUUCAAUUAUGUGAUGUCUGGCUUGCUCUGCAAAUAUUGAAGCAUUGUCGCGUCCAAGACCAAGUCGUUGACUCGAGUCAAUGCUUGAUUUGGAAUAUCAGCAUAUUCGCUCGGGUGAUGCAACAAUACCAACCACCAGAGGUUUUAAAUUCAACCAAUUUUGCUUAUUAUUUCCGCAACAUUUCAUUUUUUUAGCGCAACCUUCAAGCUUCAUUCAACUCCCAAACAAACAAGCCCUAUUUUUCAAUAUUUCAGCCAUGCAGACCACCAUUGCCUUUGUCGCUUGCGUUGCCGCCUCUGUUGCCGCCCAGGGCACGAUGGGCUCGAUGGUCAACCCUGACAUGUCCAUGAUGAAUCCAUCGCCCUUCUCGUCACUGGCCAACGCUAACGCCCACCUGUCCCGCAUGGCGUCCUUCUUCGACAUGUCCCACGUGUCCAAUGUCGAGACCACGUCCCCGGUGAUGGUCACCCACGUGUUUGACCCCGCGACCAACAAGUUCACGCAUCUGGCACUCAACGUCGUGCAGACCAGCAACGGCGCCUACUACCUGCCCGUGUGCACCGUGGACUCGAUCACCACUGCGGGCCCCGACCAGGUCGCUGCGACUGACGGCUGCCAGUACGGCGUGCAGAUGUCAUCUGUUCCAGCUAAUGUCGUGCGCACAAAGCUUGGUGUGGUUCGUCAUUUGUUCCAGGCGAUCAGAAGCGCUGCUAGCCACCCAACAUUCAACUUUGGUGGGUUUAUGAUGAACACCGGCGCAGUUGGCCACCAGUCUGGCGCCGGUGCUGGUAUGAUUCCGGCGUCGACGGGCGCAACCGCUUAAGGGCUUGGAUUUAUUGAGCCGUUUUUGUUUUGUUUCGACAUUUUUUAUUGUUGUCAUAUUGAUCCCCUUAUUGAUUAACAAUAAUAAACAAUUUAAAUGAUGUGCAAAUAACACAAGAAUAAGUAUAUGGAAUGAG